AUUUCAAAAUAAGACAGUACAAAGAAAAAAAGAGACCAACCUCCCUUCCGUUCCUUAGCUUGAACCUACUCUCGGAGCUGUCUUCAACCUCCUUCUUCUUCUUAACUCUAGUGGACGGAGUUAGGGCUUUAUCCUCUGAUUUGGUGUCCGCGACUCCAUCAAUGACUCCGUGAACCUCUUCAUUUACUUUCUCUAUGGUAUCAACAUCAAUCAACGGAGGGUCCUGCAGCAGCGACACGUCGUCUGGUGAAACAACACCUAGGCCUUGUUCGAUAGCUCUUACGACGAUUCUUGGAGACGCAUUGGAAUAUUUUCUGAGUCUGAGAGAGCUAAUUGGCCGAACUAAUUUUGCGAGCGGCCAUGAAAGGUAAGGGUCCUGAAUAAGAGGUGAGGAACGAAUCAGAGAGCAAGAAAAGCAUGCGCUCAUGAUAGAAUUUUGGUCUGAAGUUGUGAUCUUUGUGUCUCCGAGCGAUGCUACCCAGUAAAGCUUUCAACUUUCAACUUCUAAGCGUAUCGGUUUAUCGUCGCGCGUUCUUUUCUUUUGGCCCAGAUGACAUGUCGUUAUUUCUAACUUCCCGAGCAUAGAUGAUGUCGUAUUGUCGUGUGAUGGGUACCGUAUGAGGCCCUGGCCCAAAUUUUUGACUCGGAUUGUUGCGGGAAAUUCCACCCAAAAGCCCAAAUCAUUUUCGUUCUCAACGAUGUGAAGAGUGAAGACCUCUGCAUUUUCGCCGCCGUUUCAGAAACGCCGUGUAAUGAACUGCUUGUCGCAGUUUUCCUCAUACACAGCGGCCAUUUUCAGAACGACAGGUCGGUCCGCCGGGACGAGUGCUCUGUGCGGACCUUCUUCGUGGAAGAGAAGAUUUGACCUUUGUACUAAUAGUAAGUUAAUCAACUUAGAAUCAGUGCUGACGAGGUUCCAUAAUCAGCUCUAUUCGUCUCGAAGCAAAAGCAGCAGCAGCAAAACGACAUCGCCCCGGUCGCGGAAGAAGUCGAAUCCCGAACCGGCUAUGGAACCGGACAAAGACUCCUUCUAUGUAGUGCGCAAAGGAGACGUCGUCGGUGUUUAUAAGAGUUUCAGUGAUUGUCAGGCUCAGCUCGGUUCUUCGAUAUGUGAUCCUCCUGUUAGCGUGUACAAAGGGGAGUCUAUGCCCAAGAACACUGGAGAAUAUCUUGUUUCUCGUGGACUUAAGAAUGCCAUUUACACUAUAAGAGCUGAAGAUGUGAAAGAUGAUCUUUUUGGCAAGCUUGUGCAGUGCCCAGUUGAAGACCCGUGUUCAAAAGGUGAAACAUCUGUUAAGGAUGCAUCCAAAAAGAGACCCCGUCAACUGUGUGGAACAGAAACUGAGGAAGAAUUUGGUUCAACUUUCAUAUCAGACGAUCUGUCAAGAAAGCAUGCCAAGAUAGAUCAUUCUGCUGUGCUCGAAUCACCCCCCUUGAACAAUGGUUCCUGUAUUCUUAUGUUUGAUGGUGCAUCGAAAGGAAACCCUGGACUAGCUGGUGCCGGAGCUGUGUUGCGAGCAGAUGAUGGAAGCUUGAUCUGUAAAGUACGUGAAGGUCUGGGUAUCGCAACCAAUAAUGUUGCCGAGUACCGCGCUGUCAUUUUAGGAUUAAAAUGCGCUCUUAGAAAAGGUUUUAGUAAGAUUGUUGUUCAAGGUGACUCCAAACUCGUCUGUAUGCAGGUUCAAGGAUUAUGGAAGGUGAAAAACCAGAACAUGUCUGAUUUGUAUGAAGAGGUGAAGAAAUUGAAGGAUAAAUUUCUCUCCUUCAAGAUCAGUCAUGUCCUCAGGGGACGAAACUCUGAGGCAGAUGCUCAAGCAAACUUGGCAAUCACUCUUGCUGAUGGUCAAGUCCAGGAGGUGUCUGGAAAGUAGUUUAAAUGAUGGUCCACCGCUGGUAAUGUUGGGGUGACCUAUUUUUUGAAGAUUAGACCCUGAUGAGUAGUGUGGCUUUGAGGUUUGCCACUAUGUGGUUCGUUGGGCAUGCAUUAACAUCAUAAACCAUGGUUUCAUCCGCAAAACUGAAGCUUCUGUUGGUUUGCACUUUUGGACACCAAUUAUUUCUGCAAGUCAAUCCUUGGAUCAUAUCACCCGCCAUACAAAGGAGAUUCAGUUUGACAAACACAAGCGGAAAGAAAAAGGAACACGGGAUUUGCUUACAAAGGAAUGCGAGCAUAA